AGGACGAUAUAGCGAUAAAGUAAUAUAGCGCGUGCGAACGCGCUCGAGCGUAUCGACUCGAGGUUAAUUCGAUCGUUAGAGAGGGACGCCAUCGUUUUGGCGGGCACGUGUGCGCGCGUUGUUUCUUGUAAGCCGGUGUGUGAAUCCCGCUAGGCAUCUCGUCACUCGUACUCAUGAACAAAAUUGAAUCCAAAAUGGAAACCAUGGACAUAGCGGAACCUACUACCGUCAAUAAGGAUGUCAGCGCCUCAUCCUGCAGGGAAUCUAUAUCUGUUGACGAUAUGACCUCAAGGGAUUAUUAUUUUGAUUCUUAUGCUCAUUAUGGAAUACAUGAAGAAAUGCUGAAGGACGAAGUACGCACUGUGACUUACCGCAACUCAAUGUAUCAUAACAAACACCUUUUCAAAGGAAAGACUGUUCUUGAUAUUGGUUGCGGUACCGGGAUCCUUUCUAUGUUUGCUGCUAAAGCUGGUGCUGCUAGAGUCAUUGGUAUUGAGUGCUCCAAUAUCGUUGAAUAUGCGGAGAAAAUAGUAGAAGCCAACAAUCUGUCCAAUGUUAUAACCAUACUUAAGGGCAAAGUUGAAGAAGUUUCACUACCAGAUGGCAUUGAGAAAGUGGAUAUAAUAAUAUCUGAAUGGAUGGGUUAUUGCUUAUUUUAUGAAUCUAUGUUAGACACAGUGUUGUUUGCCAGGGACAAAUGGCUUCGGGAUGAUGGCAUGCUAUUUCCCGAUAAAGCAACACUGUUUAUUUGUGGAAUUGAAGAUAGACAAUACAAAGACGAAAAGAUCAAUUGGUGGGACGAUGUGUAUGGAUUUGACAUGAGUAGCAUAAGAAAAGUAGCUAUCAGCGAACCACUGGUGGAUGUCGUGGACCCGAAGCAAGUUGUCACAAAUGCAUGCCUAAUUAAAGAAGUUGACCUCUACACUGUGACAAAGGCUGAUCUCGAGUUCUCGUCGCCAUUCACCCUGCAGGUGCGCAGAAACGACUACGUUCAAGCCCUAGUUACAUUCUUCAACAUCGAAUUCACCAAGUGCCACAAACGCAUUGGCUUCAGCACCGCGCCAGAAGUGCCGUAUACGCAUUGGAAGCAGACCGUCUUUUACUUCGAUGAGUACAUGACGGUGAAGAAGGGCGAGGAAAUUUACGGCGUAUUCUCGAUGAGGCCGAAUGCCAGAAAUUACAGAGAUCUGGAUUUCAGUAUCGAGUUGGACUUUAAGGGGGAACUGUGCCAAGUACACGAAACUAAUACUUAUCGUAUGCGCUGAUAUUCAAUGGACUCGUCACCGUAUUCUCUUCCCUCUCCCAUUUUUUCAUAGUGCUCAUAAAAUCAUUUAAUCAAACCUGAAGUCUCGAGAGUCCUUUACUUACUGUGGAAUCAUAAAAUGAUCGUGUUGCGUCUUAACGAUGUGACGCAGUUGAUAGUACGAGCUAUCAAGAAGCAACGCAAACCUUUAAUUUUAGAAACUACGAGAUGCUUCCUAAUUAGGCGUUUAAUGUAAAGUGACGACUUUUUACAGAGAUUCUUCUAUAAACUUGCAAAUCUGGAAUAUUCAGUCGCAUUUAUAACUUUAAAUUCGACAAAAUUGUAAUAAGAAAACGAAACGAAUUUUCGCGCACAACACUGACCAUUCCUGACAAGAUUACCCGAUAAGAAAAAAAAAAAGAAAAAAGAAAUCUCAGUUUGAACGUUAACGUCUCUCUUAGCGAAAUCUCGUCAUAAUGCUGGAAAAGGCAUUAUUACUUACUAUAGUAUAACCACUUGUAACUAAUAAUUACUCUGAUGAUCAAUAAAAUGUAAUUGUGCGCCAAAA